AGUGCCGAGUCGGUCGCUUUGUGGGACUCACGCUCGCUCGAACUAUUCAUUAUUGACCAUUUCCUACGACAUUCCCACAAAAACACGUUGCCUGCCGUAAAACUGCCCCAAAACAUUAACAAUAAGUGACAAUAUAGUGAUUCAGUGACAAAAAAUAUAGUUAACGUAAUGUUAAGUAACUAGUUAUACGAAAAGUUGUGUAAUGGAAAUAAAAGAGAUCACGACUUCGCUUACACCCGCUAAUAGAUUAUGUUAAUUAACCAAGGGAAGUAAGAUAAUUCAAGAGGUCGGUUGGUUUGUUAUCGAAAAUAAGCCGGUAAGGAACAACAUACGUAAUAGACCAUAGUGGCCCUACAAUAAAAGGAGAAACAGUUAUAAGAAAAUGCCUUCAUCGAUACAAGAGAAUAUUGCUUUGUUGAAUAUGAUGUCUUCGGACAAUUUGGAGGAUGAUUUGAAAAGCGUCCAAUUACAUUUUCCUUCGGACAGGCGAUUGCAAAGCGACGGCGCAUGCGUGGAAGAGAGGGUGAGGACAUCCCGCGGGGACAUCCUGGUAGCGGUCCGUGGAGAUCGCAACAAACACGCCAUCAUCACCUACCAUGACCUUGGCCUUAAUUAUGCCGCCAAUUUUCAAGCAUUCUUUAACUUCGUCGAAAUGAGAGCUAUUUUAGAUAAAUUUUGCAUUUACCACAUCAAUGCACCAGGGCAAGAGGAAGGCGCCCACUCGUUGCCUGAGGAUUUCACCUAUCCCAGUAUGGACGGUUUGGCUUCUCAAAUCGACUUCGUUCUCGGUCAUUUUGGCAUUCGAUCGUUCAUAGGUUUCGGAGUGGGAGCUGGUGCUAAUAUUUUGGCGCGCUACGCCCUCACAAACCCUCAGAAAGUUGACGCUUUAGUGCUGGUCAAUUGUACGUCUACCCAGGCUGGUUGGACGGAGUGGCUUUACCAAAAGAUUAAUACUAGACAGCUCCGUUCAAGUGGCAUGACACAAGGAGCACUCGAUUAUCUAAUGUGGCAUCACUUCGGUCGUAGCACCGAAGACAGGAAUCACGACCUCUCCCAAGUUUACAAAGAAUGUUUCUCCCACGUGAAUCCGAUUAACCUAUCAAUGUUUAUUGAUUCUUAUUUGAGGCGUAAUGAUCUAGCAAUAGCUAGAGACAGUAACACUAUAAAGGUGCCUAUUUUGAAUGUGACUGGAGCACUUUCGCCUCAUGUUGACGAUACGGUGACAUUCAAUGGACGAUUAGAUCCUGCGAAAACGUCCUGGUUCAGCAUUUCAGACUGCGGUAUGGUGCUGGAGGAGCAGCCGAGUAAAAUAGCUGAGGCCUUUAAGUUAUUCCUGCAAGGAGAAGGUUACUUCAGGUAGUUAUGUUGCAGGAGAUAAACGAACGCAAAGCUGCUAUUCGUAGUACACAGAUGCUUACACGCGAGCUUUAAAACACUAUGUUGUAGUCACAUGAUGGAUGUAGACACAAAAUGUUGUUCCUUGUUUUAGAUAUUUAUCUGAAUAAAUUUUAUUUUAUGGCU